AUGGUUACGUUGACGAGUGAGUUUGAAUCCGAUUCAUUUCUUGGUGAAAUGUCUAUCAACGAUGAAGAUGAAAAUAAAACUCCUGUAGAGAAUUUUCGUCGAACGUUAGAUCUUCAUGACGCUCAAUUUAAUCAAAUAACAACGAAUAAUCGAGAAUUGAUCAAUGUUCAAAGUCAACUAGCACGAUUAAGAUCUGAAUUAGAAAAAAGCGAAAUGCUGAGACAAACUUUAGAAUACGAAUUAACACUUCUUCGAGCACAACAUGGCAAACAAACAGCUUUUACACAUCAAUUACAAAAUCAAUUCAAUCAAGCGAAUGAGCAAAUCAAACAAUAUCAAACACAAUUGAACGAUUCCAAUCAAAUUCAGGAGGAAUUGAAGGAGAAAGAACGAAGAAUUAAAGAAUUAGAAAAUGAAACCGAAACUCUGCACGAUCGAGAAAGACGAAUUGCGGCGUUGAAUGAACAGAUUCAGAAAAUGGAAAAAACAUUCACCGAUUCGGAAACUUUAUCCCGAAAAAACUUAGCUCAAUCAAUUUUAGCCAAAGAACGCGAAAGUGAAUUGAAAAAAGAAUACGAAGUUGUUCAAAUCAAACUCCAAUACAGUGAACAAGCUCUCGAACAAGAACGACAGAUUUCUAAUGAAGCCAAACUCAAUGUUCAACUAUUAACUACUCGUCUUUCCGACUUGGAGGGAAUUUGUGAAACGCUGAAAAACACGUGUAAAAAUCAUGAGAGAAAAAUCGAUGAAUUUCAAAAACAAUCAUCGAAUGAGAAACUUCUUCGAACGACUUUAGCAAAAGUUCAAUCAGAAUUGGAAAUCAAGUGUGCGGAAGCACAAAAAUCAACAGUAGAAUAUGACAAACAAUUGAAAUCGUGUCGAGAAGAAUUAGCUAAUUAUCGAAGGAAGUUUCGAAAUAAUGAAGAUAAGUACGCUCAAUUAGUUAACAAAACAUUCGAACUUCUGCGUUUAACACGAAUCGUCAAUGAAACAUUUCAAACUGAUACAAAUUUACCGACAUUGAAACAAUUAGAAGAACUGAAACUUCACAUCGAACAAUUAAAAACAUCGAAAAACGAUCAAACCAAUGAAAUUAGCCGACUAAAGAAAACAAUCGAAAGAUUAAACAAAUCUUCAUUAACACAGAAGCAACUUGAACAGGAAACAGAAGUCACUCGCGAAAAAUUGCAAAUUGAAUUGGACGAAUGUCGCGAAAAGAAUUUCACUUAUGAAGAGACUUUAAUACGUUUAAAACAAUACGAAUUAACACUUCUUCGAGCACAACAUGGCAAACAAACAGCUUUUACACAUCAAUUACAAAAUCAAUUCAAUCAAGCGAAUGAGCAAAUCAAACAAUAUCAAACACAAUUGAACGAUUCCAAUCAAAUUCAGGAGGAAUUGAAGGAAAAAGAGCGAAGAAUCAAAGAAUUAGAAAAUGAAACCGAAACUCUACACGAUCGAGAAAGACGAAUCGCGGCAUUGAAUGAACAGAUUCAAAAAAUGGAAAAAACGUUCACCGAUUCGGAAACUUUAUCCCGAAAAAACUUAGCUCAAUCAAUUUUAGCUAAAGAACGCGAAAGUGAAUUGAAGAAAGAAUACGAAGUUGUUCAAAUCAAACUCCAAUACAGUGAACAAGCUCUCGAACAAGAACGACAGAUUUCCAAUGAAGCCAAACUCAAUGUUCAACUGUUAACUACUCGUCUUUCCGACUUGGAGGGAAUUUGUGAAACACUGAAAAACACGUGUAAAAAUCACGAGAGAAAAAUCGAUGAAUUUCAAAAACAAUCAUCGAAUGAGAAACUUCUUCGAACGACUUUAGCGAAAGUUCAAUCAGAAUUGGAAAUCAAGUGUGCAGAAGCACAAAAAUCAACAGUCGAAUAUGACAAACAAUUGAAAUCGUGUCGAGAAGAAUUAGCUAAUUAUCGACGGAAGUUUCGAAAUAAUGAAGAUAAAUACGCUCAAUUAGUUAAUAAAACAUUCGAACUUCUUCGUUUAACACGAAUCGUCAAUGAAACAUUUCAAACUGAUACAAAUUUACCGACAUUGAAACAAUUAGAAGAACUGAAACUUCACAUCGAACAAUUAAAAACAUCGAAAAAUGAUCAAACCAAUGAAAUUAACCGACUAAAGAAAACAAUCGAAAGAUUAAACAAAUCCUCAUUAACACAGAAGCAACUUGAACAGGAAACAGAAGUCACUCGCGAAAAAUUGCAAAUUGAAUUGGACGAAUGUCGCGAAAAGAAUUUCACUUAUGAAGAGACUUUAAUACGUUUAAAACGUGACCGCGAACAAUUGUUGAAAGACUUAGAAAAGAAAACUGCUACAAUCAAUUCUAUCGAAUUGAAAUUAAGGAAUUUCGUAGGCAAGAAAUCGUCGAAUAUUGAAAACAAUUUCAAUGAAUUAGAAAAAGAAUUCGAAAAAAUCCUUCUCAAAUCGACUUCAUUAGAAGAAAAACUAAUCGAAAAAGAUCAGGGAAUUUUGCAAUUAACUCAAAAACUUCAAGAACAAAUCCUUCUGAUGAAAAACGAUUUCGAUGAAAAACAUCAAAUGUUUUUGACACAAAAAGAACAACUAUUACUCCGACAUCAAAAUGAUAUUCAGACAUUGAAUAAUCAACUACAAAAAAUGGAAAUUCAUGCAAAGGAAAGCGAACAACGUUUCAGCAGCGAAAAGAAAUCGAAAAACGAUUUGAGCGAACAAAUGGAGAAAUAUGAUUUGAUUCUAAAACAUCUCAUCUCGCUUUGGCUUCCACUUCAACGCAGAUAUUUACAACUGAUCGAUUCGAAUCGUUUUCUUAAACAAGAAUAUGUUCGGUACAACCAAAUCAAACAAAUUCUGAAUCCGAAUCGUUUAUUUCCAAAUCGUUUUCGACUUUAUGCGAUUUCUAUCAUUGCUGCGAAAAGAUUUUCUUCGUUGAAGAAAAAUUCUCUUUCUGUCAAACUUCUUUCUGCAUCGUCGAAUGUCUUUUACGAUGAAAAUAUUCUUUCAAAUUAUAACAAAAAGAAUUUCAUUUCAAAUCUCAAUUUCGAUCAGUUAUUUCCAUCGCUGAUUCAUCAAUUGAAUCGAUUUUAUUCGCCAAUACAAAAAGGAACAUUGCUUAAAUCAAUUGCCAAUGGGCUUCCGAAAUCUUCGUUUACAAAGACAAAUGAUCUGAUUCAUUCGUUGAUUGUUCAAGUUGACCAAUCAGAAUUGAAAUUUCAUGAAAAAGAAAAUGAAUGUUCGCAACUGGAGAAAACUUUGGAGAAAUAUGCGAAUGAAAUCGAUUCUCGCAUUGAUUACAAUCAAUUUGAACGUAUAUGCGAUGAAUUACAACGAGCAUUGGAUCGUGAAAAACAAGCGCAAGAUUUACUGAACGAACAAAAUAACCAAUUGAAAUCUUUAACGGAUAUUAUUCACCAGACGCAAAACGAAAAAGAUUUCAUUCAAGAGAAAUGCAAUCAGAUGAAACAGAACGAAAAUUAUUCGAAAGAGAAGAUUCAGCAGUUGACAAAAUCUCAUCAACAAAUGGAUGAAAACGUGAAACGAGCUGAGAAGGCGAUACGACUGGUUGUUAAUGAUAAAGAGAUGAUUUCUGCGUUCUGUACGCGAAUUAAUUCUUUAUUAAAUGUGGGUGAAAGACGUGGACUAGAAAAUUUACAGCAAACUUUGAUUCAAUUGGACGAACUCGUUCAACUUCCACCGAAUUUCGAUCAGAAAAAGUCUCCGCCUGAGAUGAUCUUGUGUCAAACUAUGGCAAAUGGAUUUGUUCAUUUGUUGAGUCGUCUCAAAGACGUUUUGAAUGCAAAUACAAAAGAUAUUGAAUCGUUGAAAGAACAUUGUCAAAUGUUAACCGAUCAAUUUCGACAAACAUCAACAGAAGAGAUCUCACAAACGAAUGAUUCGUCACAAACGAUUAUCGUUCAAGCACAUCCUGUGCGAAUUCAAGUGAACCAUCAUCCUCAAUCAGCAUUUAAACCCAUUAAACCCGAACAAGAUGACUAG